GCCCUCCGCGCUGAGGGGCGGGCGGCGAGGAGACGCCUCAGGGACAGGUCGAACAGGGACCCGCCCCACCAACUGCCGCUCGGGCUGCGGGCGAGGCCGGCCACCGCCUGCUCGCCGCGGAUCGCUGUGACUGCGAGCAGCCCUCGGCCCCCGCCGCCGACCUUGAGGCCGCGGCCUGCGGACGCCUCCCAGCGCGCCUGCGCCAUUCCCUCACUAAAAAUGGAUGCCCUCCGGCUCCCUCGCGGAUGAGUGGGGCUGCAUUCCCAUCUCCAGCUGCCGAGAUGGCAGAAAUUAAUCGCCUUCAGUAUGAAAUGGAAUACACCGAAGGAAUCAGUCAGCGCAUGAGGGUCCCAGAAAAACUCAAAGUAGCUCCUCAAAAUGCUGACCUUGAGAAGGGCGUCCAAGAAGGAUUUCCACAUGCCAGUGUAACUAUGCAGGUUCCAGAGCGGAUUGUAGUGGCAGGUAAUAGUGAAGACAUUCCAUUUUCCAGACCACCAGACCUUGACCUUCUUCAGUCUACUUCAUUCAAACCACUGGCAUUGAAAACUCCUCCCCGUGUUAUUUCUCUUAGUGAUCGACCACUAGAUUUUUUGGACCUAGAAAAACCUCCACAACAGACACCUCAAAAUGAAGAGGUCCGCUCAGUGGGAAGGCUGAAGAGAGAACGUUCCAUGAGCGAAAAUGCCACUCGACAGAAUGGCCAGCUGGCCCGGAAUGAUUCCAUGUGGUACAGAUCAGAUACUGUCCCAAGAAAUAAAAUGCCACGGUUCCAGUCACCUCUUUCGACUAAGGAUUGCACUGUGACACCAUCACUGCAACAGGCUCGUGUCUGUCCUCCCAAUAUGUUACCUGAAGAUGGAACUAAUCUUUACUCUGCUCGUGGCAUUUUGUCGUUUAUCCAGUCUUCCACUCGUAGGGCUUACCAGCAGGUCUUGGAUGUGCUGGAUGAAAACCGCAGCCUGGACAAGAACAAUAGGCCGGUGUUACGUGGUGGGUCAGCUGCUACCACUUCCUCUAACCCUCAUCAUGACAACACCAGAUACGGUAUUUCCAACUUGGAUACGACGCUUGAGGGAACAGCAGAUGACAUGACAGUUGUAGAUGCUGCUUCCUUAAGAAGACAGAUAAUCAAACUUAAUCGCCGUCUACAACUUCUGGAAGAAGAAAACAAAGAGCGUGCUAAAAGGGAAAUGAUCAUGUAUUCAAUUACUGUAGCUUUCUGGCUACUCAAUAGCUGGCUUUGGUUUCGGCGCUAGACACAGCUCUCAGAAAGAUUUAAUAGUUGAUAAUACAAACAAUUUGCAAAAUUGUUUCUGUUUCUGAACUGUAUGCUGUUUUAUAAUUCAUACACUGGAAACUUCCACCACAGAAAAAGGCUAUAGAAUUGCAGUGUUAAAGGGACACCUUGUUGUUCAGUUAUCAUGUAUUUAAUAGAUUUGCAUUGCAAAUACUUGCAGUAUCCUCCUGUGCAUGCUUCAGUGUCAAUAUGGGCCAGCCGAUAUGAAGUUUGCUUCACGCAAUGUAAGGACGGGGAUCUACGGAAAUAACCAUUGAAUGUUUUGUUGUGGUGGGAAGAGAGCAAAUGGAAUGAGUUUGGAAAAAAUGUAAAAACAAAGGAUAAAAAGUAGUUGUUAUUGUUCUGUUGUUAGAUGCAAUUAAUGAUGAUUGCACUCGUUUUCCUUUAGUCUGAGUAGUUUGAAGUGUGCCGUAUUCAAGGAGUGUGUCCUGUUUCAUGAGUAUGUUCCUUGUUUAAGCACAUGUUCAGGUCAAAUAAUAAAAGGUAUUCUUUGCUAACAUGCGGAUUGUCCAGAGGUGUGUAAUAUGUAUUUUUUUUAGCUUUAAUUUUGCAGAUGUUUUUCUAUAAAAUACAUUUUUAAGCAAGUCAGUCUGUGAGUGAUCAAAAUAUUAUGGAGUACGAGACACUGAUGUAGUAUAUUUAAUAAAACUCAA